AUGCCUGACGACGAUUUCUCUCACCAAGACACAGAUGCCGACAUCCGAGAGGAAAUCCCGGACCAGAAUUGCUUCGUCCUUCCUCCACGUGCACUCGCCCACCGCUUAGUCGAUUUGUUCUUCGACAAUGUGGCUCCAAUUUUGCCAUUGGUGCACGAGCCCAGUUUCCGGAAAGAGUUGGACGCACUCUACGAUGACCACAAAUCAGCAAGCAUAGCUUUCAGCAGCGUCAUCAACGUGGUCUUUGCCUAUGGAUGUGACUACCUCGACCUUGACUUGAAACGAACAUACGAACUGGCUCAGACGUUUCACGAACGAGCGACCGAUUUGAUUCUUCUUGUCUGUUACGAGCUGGCGUCCCUCGAAGUUGUUCAAGCUCUUCUUCUUGUGACACUGCAUCUCAAUAGCAGCAUGCAAUUUCACCGAAUGUGGAUCAACACUGGCUUGCUCGUGAGGACUGCGCAGGCGUUAAAUUUGCAUCUGGACCCAUCGGACUGGGAUAUCAGCAUGAUGGAGAAAGAGCUGCGCAAAAGGUUUUGGUGGUCGAUUUAUUCUCUUGAUAGAUUCAUUAGUUUAAAGCACGGUCGACCACCUGCUUUGAACAUCGAAGCUGGCCACUGCGUUCAACCCGCGGCGGUGGAUGAUGACCAGAUCCUACCUGCAUACAUCGCCAAAUCCCAAGAUCCAAGACGACAGCCUUCACAGCUUCACUUUUUCAAUUCGCUAAUGCAACUGAUCCAUAUAUCUGAAACAGCACUCUCGUCCAGUUCCGCCAAUGUCUCAUCCAAAAGGAUAGCAAACGGCGGAUUAGCAAAGGAGGUUACGAAAGAAGUCAUCUAUACCCAAAUAUCAGGGGCUCUUGAACAGGAGAGCAAACUUGCUACCUGGGUUUCAGGACUUCCCGAACACCUCCGAUUUGACUACAGCAAUUCCAACCCGAAGCUGCGCAAACAGCAGAGAAGUCUGCAGACUCGUUAUUUGCACACCAGGCUCAUGAUUCAUAGACCGAACAUGAUAUCAGUCCUUCGCCUGGACAAAGGACUAGAGAGCCUAGAAGGCAAUGACGGCUUUUUGCAAGCCGUUCUAACCGCCAGCAUUCAGCAAUGUGUCCAAUGUUCUUGCGACUUGAUCCGACUCGUUGAGGAAUACUAUGAACAGAAAAGCUUGGGGCCGUGGUGGCUUCUUCUACAAUUCAUCUUCACCACGCUGGCCACCUUAUUCGCAGUCCGGGCACGAAAGAAUCUGCUGAGGUGCCUCGAUGAUAACGCCAUCAACAUCGCCAUCGAAAAAGCCAUGACCUUACUGCGUUCUUUUGGCGACAUCAACCCGACAUUGACUCAAUGCCGGCAGUACUUUGAGUUAAUGAUGCCUCUGACCAUAGCUCAGGGUUUCAUUCUAGACACCGAGAACGUGUACAGCAGACUCAGAAUACCCACAGAUUCCCAGGCUCAAGCAUUACCUUUCUCUAAUCCAGCAUUUACUGGUCAAAUGACUCCGCAGCAGAGGCCAGUCCAUAGGGCGCAGAGCUCGAUGGACUAUCUUCCAGGCCGUGAUGCAGGCUUGCGGGGUGCCGAUCAGGCUAUGGCGGGCUAUACAGCGGAGAUCUUCUCGGACGCGACUUUUGGCAGCUUCAGUUUUGAAACCCUAGAUCCUAUCCUCCAGAUGUAA